GCAAGACUGCGCUCUAAAGCUCGGGGGCGGAGUUGGCAGAAAGCUCUCGGGGAAAAACUUGUGAGUCAGUUUAGUUGAGACUCAGGGCAGCUGUGGACUACACACCUCUCACGAGCAAAAACACAGGACUGAAUUUGUGGAAGAUCGCAUGUGUAGCGGACGCCGGCGAGUCAAAAUGUACCCCAAUCCGAGACGCGCUUUGAAGAUUUUGGAGACGCGUAACAGCGCAUGAAACAUAUAUGUGGACAGUAUGAUCGUGGGAUCUUUGACAUCGAUUGGGGAAGUCAGCAUUUCAUGUCAUGCGUCUUGAGCGCGUCUAUAGUAACCGAUCUGAUUUGAACAUCGACCUGCAUGUGGAAAACAACUCGGUGAAGAUGAACAAGGACCCUACCAUCCCGGUCAUUAUGUUUAUAUUUGGCGUGGUCGGGAACGUUAUUGCAAUCGUAGUGCUUCGAAAGUCACGGAAAGAGCAAAAGGAGACCACUUUUUACACCCUGGUGUGUGGACUUGCAGUAACUGACCUCUUGGGCACGCUGCUCGCGAGCCCAGUCACCAUUGCCACCUAUGUGAAGGGCGCGUGGCCCGGUGGAACCCCGCUGUGUCAUUAUUCCGGGUUCAUUUUACUCUUCUUCUCUUUGGCAGGUCUCAGUAUUAUCUGUGCCAUGUCCGUCGAGAGGUACCUCGCCAUCAAUCAUGCGUAUUUCUAUAACCACUAUGUGGACCAGCGGGUGGCAGGCUUGACGCUCGCGGGAAUCUAUGUGUCCAAUGCGCUCUUCUGCGCCCUUCCCAGCAUGGGACUGGGAUCCGUGGUGCUCCAGCAUCCAGGAACCUGGUGUUUCAUCAACUGGCAUAACAAGAACAGCACGAACGCCACUUUCUCCUACAUGUACGCCAGCUUUAGCUCCGUCCUCAUCCUCGCCACCGUCAUUUGUAACGUGUUGGUGUGCGCGGCUCUCAUCAUGAUGCACAAGCGUUUCGUGCGCAGGACCUCGCUGGGGACGGACCAGGCGCGCGUCGCGGAGAUGAGGCGCAGGCGGAGUUUCGCGCGCCUGGCUGGUGCGGAGAUCCAGAUGGUCAUUCUUCUCAUUGCCACGUCCAUUGUCGUGCUCAUCUGCUCCAUUCCUUUAGUGGUGCGGGUGUUUGUGAACCAGCUGUAUCCCUCCCCAGAAGAGACAGCAGCGGACCUUAAGGCCAUUCGAAUUGCCUCUGUCAACCCCAUUCUAGACCCCUGGAUCUACAUCCUGCUGAGAAAGACUGUCUUGCAGAAGAUUCUAGAAAAGGUCAAGUGCCUCUUUUGCCGUAUCGGUGGGCGGAGUCACGGGAGGAGCCCUACGGAAUUCAACUGCAGUAACGGUGUCCACAGCACAUCGUUUGUGUCUCGUGAUUUGCCGUCGCUGGUUCUGCCCGAGCUGCCAGAGGUGAUCAGCACGUCACAGACAUACUUGUAUCCCCUGGAUGCAGGACAGGGGAUAGGCAGCUGUGGUGACUCUGUGCAGAGCAGGACGUGUUCAACUUCAACUGAGCAAACCCUUCUGCAGGACUCUCAGGAGCUAGACCUCAGUAGCAAAGAAAACAGUACAGAAACGAGCACAGACUUUGUGAAAACACAUUCGUGCACGCACUCCAACACAAAUGAAGCGCAGUGUUCCAAGCACCAGCCACUGCAAGUCACCUUUACAGACGAGACUUUGAGCUUAGAAGAGAGAAGCAUAUGAAAGUGAGCCUGAAAAACUAGCUCAGCUCAGCAGAGCAACAUGUCAGGAGGAGGAAUACAUUUCAGGAGUUUGAUGUGACCAUUGCGAACAGAAUCAGAACGAAAAUCAAAAGAAGAAAAUCCUAAAAACUCAUGAGAUUAAAAUGAUAGGAUGUUUGAAAGAAAAACACCAAUCAGAGGACUAAACAAAAAAGUGAGAUGAAAAGAGAGAUGGCUACUGAAGUAGGAAAAAGAAUGUUGCUACAUGAUGGGGUUCUGGAAAGGAAAGGAGGAUGGAGAGGCAAACUGGCUUCGUUUUCUGGUAACUCAUAAUGCAUUUUAAAGGAAAUGUUUUGUUGAGCAACAGGUUACCCUGCAUAUUCUAGACAGCAAGGUGAAUGACAGAGCUCUGAUAAAUAUGUCUAUGUUGUAAGUUCUUGUGAAUUUCUGCAGAAAGACUAUUCAUUUUUGACUAGAUAAAAUUGCAUUGGGCUCCGACUGACUGAUUUGACCCAGACUGAGGGGAUUUUUUUUUUUUUUUUCUUCUAAAAAUUCCAACUCUUGAUUCCCUUUUGCAGACAUUCUGGUGAGCUUUUCAUUAGGUCACAAGUUCAAGUAACCAGAGUGCCUUGUUAGCUUUUCCCAUGCUGGAACUCGUGGUUUAAAAUUUCCUUUUCCUUAUGUUAAGGUGACCAGAACACUUCAUUUCGACUGAUGCAUAACAACUGUUUACUAUUUCAAGCUUAUAUAAGAUGUAGCUAGAUGUAAUUGUACAAUUUUUGGAAUUUCCAUAAUAUGUACAAUAUUCUGUGAAUUAACCAAGCAAUUUCAUGUCACAAAAUAUAUCGGUAGCCCUACCGAAAACACAUUACACAGUGUAAGAGCACAUGAUACACGGCAUAUCAUUGUCAAGAAAGUUUAUUUUUUGUUUCUUUAAAAGUAUACUGAGGAGGUGAAAUUGUAAAGCUAUUAAGAUGUGGAAUGUCUUUUGAGGUCAUACGUUUUGCACUUUUAAAUCCUUGUAACCACUGAAAAAACUUAAACUGUCAAAAUCGAUCACUAAGGUCUUGAUCAGUCAGUGGUCGUCAAGGAGGAACUGUUGAGUUCAUCUGUACAUAUUUGUGAUGUUAAAAUGUGAACAGCGUCUUCUUGUAAUGCUAAUUUAUUGUGGGGGUUUUUUGGACAAUCUGUGGACUGUAGUUAUUUCUUCUCUGUGAGAAGGUCAGGUUUCCCAUGUUGAAGCAGUUAUAUGGUUUUUGUUUCAUUUCACAUUUCGUAUAUGUAUCAAAACAGUAUGAGACAGGAUUCAAACUACUUUAGCACCAUCAUCUGCUGCAUGUAUAUAAAUGAUUCAACAUUACUCUGUAUAUUUUCACCAUUUCAUUUUUACAUUUUCAAACACAUGAAUUUCAAACCUUGUCUUGCUUAUUUUCCUUGAUGUGACCCUUCAAAAUGUGCAAUGGCCAGCUAUUUUAUGCUGAAAUAAACUCUUGAGUUGAAGACAAAUAGAAAAUUGAAAACAAAAA